UACGCGGUCCCUACACCCUCAACUCAAAACCGCCAUAUCCGCCAGCUACCCCCAAAAUCAAAUACAUUCUUCACACGAAACCCUAACACAAAUCACCUCUCACAUACACACACAUAUACAUAUACAUACACGCUGUGUGAGUGUGUGUGUGUUUGUUCACACUUUCCGCCAUUAAUCAAUCGAAAACGAGCGGUUCGUUGUCAACGAUCUGGUGUUUUUGAUCGGAAAAAAUGGCGGAAGAUUCAUCACAGAGAGUUGUAUACUUACACGGUGAUCUACAGCUUCACAUUAUCGAAGCACGAAACUUACCUAACAUGGAUGUAUUCACCGGUCACAUCCGCCGUUGCGUAACGUUCGAGGCUUGCCGGAAGGAUAACUCCUCCGGUGGAACCGUCAGCACGAAGCUCCGGUCCGGUGGCCGGAAAAUAAUUACGAGUGAUCCGUACGUGAAGGUUUCGGUGCCGCAAGCUACAGUGGCGCGUACGCGCGUGUUGAAGAACUCGAAAAACCCUAGGUGGAACGAACGGUUUAUUGUGCCAUUAGCUCACGAGCUUGCUAACUUGGAGUUUCAAGUGAAGGAUGAUGACGUGUUCGGUGCUGAUGUGUUAGGGACGGUUAAGAUUCCGGCGGAGAAGAUUGCCGCCGGUGACGUGAUUUCCGGUUGGUUUCCGAUGGAGAAUUCGCGUAGGAAGGAGUCGGAGCUGCAAAUCGAAUUGAAGUUUAUUCCGUGUGAUAAGAAUCCGCUUUACCAGCACGGUAUUGCCGGUGAUCCGGAACAUAAAGGUGUUAGGAAUACUUAUUUUCCGGUGAGGAAAGGUUCUCAGGUGACGUUGUAUCAGGAUGCACAUGUGAGGCCGGAGUGUAAGAUGCCUGAGAUUGAAUUGGAUGGGGGGAAGGUGUUUCGGCAUGAUUCGUGUUGGGAAGAUAUAUGUUAUGCUAUUACAGAGGCUCAUCAUAUGAUAUAUAUUGUUGGUUGGUCUGUUUUUCAUAAGAUUAAACUGAUUAGAGAGCCGACUCGACCCCUGCCGAGAGGAGGGGACUUGACACUUGGUGAGUUGCUGAAGUAUAAGUCCGAAGAAGGCGUUCGGGUUUUGUUGUUGGUUUGGGAUGAUAAGACAUCCCAUGAUAAGUUCUUCAUAAACACGACUGGAGUGAUGGCAACUCAUGAUGAAGAGACAAGGAAGUUCUUCAAGCAUUCUUCUGUGACGUGUGUGCUAUCUCCUCGGUAUGGAAGUAGCAAACUUAGCUUUUUUAAGCAACAGGUUGUAGGGACCGCUUUUACACAUCAUCAGAAAUGUGUUCUUGUAGAUACACAGGCUGCUGGUAACAAUAGAAAGGUUACAUCAUUUAUAGGUGGUCUUGAUCUCUGUGAUGGCCGUUAUGACACACCUGAGCAUAGGUUAUUUCACGAUCUAGACACUGUUUUUCUUGACGAUGUGCACCAGCCGACUUACCCGGCAGGAACCAAGGCCCCGAGGCAGCCAUGGCAUGAUUUGCACUGCAAGAUUGACGGUCCAGCUGCAUAUGAUGUACUGCUGAACUUUGAACAGCGUUGGAAAAAAGCGACCAAGUGGAGAGAAUUUGCACUCCUUGCCAAAAAAAUGACCCAAUGGCAAGACGAUGCACUGAUUAAGAUCGAGCGCAUCUCAUGGAUCGUCAGUCCUAAAUACCCUGUUCCAAAACAUGGAGAUUACACCAUUGUUCCUGAAGAUGAACCAUUAUUGCAUGUUUCAAAGGAAGAUCAUCCAGAUAACUGGCAUGUGCAGAUCUUUCGGUCUAUUGAUUCUGGAUCAUUGAAGGGAUUUCCCAAAACCUUUGAUGUUUGUGAGACACAGAAUCUUAUUACUUCAAAGAGUCUCGUGAUAGACAAAAGUAUCCAGACAGCAUAUAUCCAAGCCAUCCGAUCAGCUCAGCAUUUCAUUUAUAUUGAAAACCAGUAUUUCAUUGGAUCAUCAUAUGCAUGGCCUUCAUAUAAAGAUGCAGGUGCUGAUAAUCUGAUCCCAAUGGAGUUAGCACUAAAAAUUGUUAGUAAGAUUAGAGCCGGUGAGAGGUUUGCAGUUUAUGUCGUCAUACCCAUGUGGCCCGAGGGUGUUCCAUCAUCUGCUACUGUGCAAGAGAUUCUCUAUUGGCAGAGCCAGACGAUGGAAGCAAUGUAUCUCGUGAUAGCACAUGAAAUCAAGGCCCUGCAGCUAGAUGCACACCCUCAAGACUAUUUGAAUUUCUAUUGUCUUGGCAAACGGGAAGAGUUGCCUACAGAAAUGACCCAAGCACCUACAGAUGACAGGGUCUCUGAUUCACAAAAGUUCAACCGUUUUAUGAUAUACGUGCAUGCUAAAGGGAUGAUAGUGGAUGAUGAGUAUGUAAUAGUGGGAUCUGCCAACAUUAAUCAAAGAUCUUUGGCUGGUUCAAAAGACACAGAAAUAGCCAUGGGCUCAUAUCAGCCCCAUCACACUUGGGCCGCAAAGAAACGACAUCCACAUGGACAGAUCUAUGGCUAUAGAAUGUCGUUGUGGGCGGAGCAUCUUGGCUUGCUAGAGGAAUGCUACAAGGAUGCCAAUACAUUGGAGUGUGUGAAGAGGGUUAACGAAGUAGCUGAAGAUAACUGGAAACGAUACACAGCGGAUGAGUUUACAAAGCUGCAGGGUCAUAUCCUCAAGUAUCCUUUAGAAAUUGACGCAAAUGGGAACGUGCGUUCAUUGCCUGAGUAUGAGAAUUUCCCGGAUCUUGGUGGUAAAAUAAUCGGGGCUCACUCGACUACGCUUCCCGACAUUUUAACCACAUGAGUCUGUCUCCGACUCUAUUCUUUAUGUUCAUAGGUUCCAAAUGAAAAGAAAACGCGUGUAUUACUCAGUUAUCGAGGUUUUUAAGCAUUGAGCAGGUAGGGGGUGAAUAGAUGUGCCAUUUUGUUGUACAUUACGUGAGUAGCGUGUGUUUUGAAUUGUUAAAAUGGUUAUUGUUUUGCUACGUUUUGUUUUUUGGUUGAAGUUUAUGGUGGCUACUCUAAUAAAGCGUGUUUUGGUUUUGUUUCA